CCGAAGGUUAAAAUAUUAACUUUUAAGCAAAUAUUAUCAGCGUUUCCUGAAGCUAUCAGCUCCGACUCCCUAAUUACUUGUACUGAUCGCUCGAUCGGAACACCGCCAUGGCGGGUCGAAAUUACAUAGCCCCACGUGGGUUAAAUCUCCGCCCAAGUCAACACAGCUCUCUCCACCGCCUCCCUCCGCCGGACACCCCGGUCCAUUUACUCGAGGAGCGCGUCAUUGCCCAGAGCCGCGAUAUCGAACUCCUCCUCUCGGACAACCAGCGCCUUGCUAACGCCCACGUGGCGCUCAAACAGGAUUUGGCCGCCGCUGAGCAAGACAUCCACCGUCUCACAGCCACUGCCGCCUCCGUCAAGGCCGAGAGGGACGCCCAGGUCCGUGAGGUCUAUGAGCGGUCCCUUAAAUUGGAGGCAGAGGCCCGUUCAGUUAAUGGGCUUGUUGCUGAGGUGGACCAAGUCAGAGCGAAUAUUGAGGAACUCCGGGCCGAGAGAAAGGAGCUCGCUCAGAAGUUGAAGGACGUUGAUGUCGAUCUUGCGAAGACCCAAUUGGAGUUGCAGCAAAUGGCUGCUGUCAAGGCUGAGAUUGAAGUCAUGCUCAAAGAAAUCCAGCGAGGAAGGUCUGCAAUUGAAUAUGAAAGAAAGAUGCAUAGCAAUAACCUUGAAUUAAGUGAAGCAAUGGAGAAGCAUAUGAAAUCUAUGGCUCAGGAAAUCGACAAAUUGCGUCCUGAACUUGCCAAUGCAGAGAAAAAGGCAAUGGCAGCAGCAGCUGCGGCUCAGGCUCAGGCUCAAGGUUACCCGAAUCUUGAAACUGGAUAUGGCGGAAAUUUUGGCCCCGGUCCUUAUGUGACACAUCAGGUACAGGGUGGUGUUGCUCCUGCUUUCCAGUAUGCUCCUCCUCCUUUACCAGUAGUACCUAAUGGUCCGCCUGCUGCUUAUGAUAUGCAACAGCAACUGCAAAUGCAGCAGCAACAUCAAGUAUAUAGAUAGACUAUACUUUGAAAUUUGAAGGAGCGGGGGCAUGUCUAAAGUUUAUCUAUCCCUUUGCUGGUGUUUUCAAGUCGAAUUGAAGCUUGAAUCCUGCUGUUGUAUUUAACUAAAUGAAAUUUUUGUCCAGCUAUUUAGUACUGGAUAUAGGAGAUUACAGUUUUAACGACUUUUUGGGUUUUAAUGCUGCCUAGUGAUUUUUGGUCGAUCUUCGACUAAAGAUUUCUUGGCAUGUUGGCAUGGCUUUUGAAAAGUCAAAAGGAGUUUUUGAGAUCAAAAGUAACUUUUGGAUU